GAAACACAGUCAUGAAUGGCUUUAGACUUCUGCUUCGAAGCAACCAAUUCAUCCUGUUGCUGCUCUUUCUUUUGCACUUUCAGAGUCUGGGUCUGGAUAUUGAUAGUCGAUCUGCUGCAGAAGUCUGUGCCACACAUACAAUUUCACCAGGACCUAAAGGAGAUGAUGGUGAAAGAGGUGACACAGGAGAAGAAGGCAAGGAUGGCAAAGUUGGACGCCAGGGACCUAAAGGAGUUAAAGGAGAGCUGGGUGAUAUGGGAGCCCAGGGCAAUAUUGGCAAGUCUGGCCCUAUUGGCAAAAAGGGUGACAAAGGGGAAAAGGGUCUGCUUGGGAUUCCUGGAGAAAAAGGCAAGGCAGGUACCAUCUGCGACUGUGGCAGAUACCGGAAAGUGGUUGGGCAACUGGAUAUUAGCGUUGCUCGUCUUAAGACGUCAAUGAAAUUCAUCAAGAAUGUCAUAGCAGGGAUCCGGGAAACUGAAGAAAAAUUCUACUACAUUGUGCAGGAGGAGAAGAACUACAGAGAAUCUCUGACCCACUGCAGGAUCCGGGGAGGGAUGUUAGCCAUGCCUAAGGAUGAAGUCGUAAACACGCUUAUUGCUGACUAUGUUGCCAAGAGUGGCUUCUUCAGAGUGUUCAUUGGGGUGAAUGACCUUGAGAGGGAGGGGCAAUAUGUGUUCACAGACAACACUCCAUUGCAGAACUACAGCAACUGGAAGGAGGGGGAGCCUAGUGACCCCUACGGCCAUGAGGACUGUGUGGAGAUGCUGAGCUCUGGCAGGUGGAAUGACACAGAGUGUCAUCUUACCAUGUAUUUUGUCUGUGAGUUUGUCAAGAAGAAAAAAUAGUUCCCCUCAUAUUACACAGUCACUUUCUCCCUUGGUCUUUUAGCAAUUACUUGUAUCCAUCUUCCAUCUUUACCUUCCUAAUUACAAUUUAGCUUUUGCUAAAUUGACAUAAGGGCUCUGCCUCCACUGUCUUCUUCUGUGUUAAUUGUGACAUUUUUGUACAUGAUGUUUACUUGGGCUAUUCUUGUGGAUCGUUCCUUGCAUCUCUAUUUAACCCUCUAGCAUACCAGAAGGAAGACACUGGAAUUCAGAAGGGAAAGGGGGCGGGUGGUUCUGAAGCAAUACAAGUUAUAGUUCUUCUGUUAAAUUGUCCUCUGCUAUUAAUGACUCCAUUUUAUUUCAUGAACGUAUUCAUGUAGACAUUCUUCACCUUCAACAUAAAUAUUCUAGAGGAAAGGGCUCAAGCCUUCAGAAAACCAUAAAAGUUCUACAGUGCUACGCUCUCCAGGGACCUUCCCUCUUCCAUCUAAUACAUCACCCAUGGAGAAAUUUCAUGGGAGACCUUUCACUCUCUGUAAAUCAAUGUUGCUAGAGACGCCCUUUCUAUUAUUUUAACAUCACCCAGAUAGGUCCGGAACAACAUUUGAAAUGUUUUUAGAAUCCUCAUUUACUGAGCUGGCAACAGUCUACCUUGAGCUGCAGAUCAAACCUCACAGCAGCUUUAAUCUGGCAUUUGGAAAUAAACAGUGGAACAAAACUCUAGCUUCUCUCCUUAUAAACGGAUACCCUGCUUAUGGGUUGUGACACAUGAUUAGAUUGUUUAAAAUGCUGGCAAAAUAGUUAAUGAAACAAGGGAAACAGAUAAACAACAUAUGUUCUGCUUAAACCAUCUGUUCAUGACUCCGCCCAUGACUAACUAGUGGUGAGAAGAGGCUACUGGCACUGGCUAUGUGAAUUCACCAAGAGUCACAAAUCCACGUCCUACAGAGUCCAGAAAGAUGACAUAAAUAGAUGAAGUGGGAGGGGUGAGGCCCUUAAUCCACUAGUCAAAGCCUGCUCUUUGAAGGAGCCAACAACUUAGCCACUGCUAUUGCUGCCACCAAGGACCCAGAAUCACUACAAGCCAGUAUCCUGACAUUUGAACUGAAGUCAAAUGGCUGGAACUUUAUAACUCCAUAUUUCCAAGUGUUGACAAUUAAUCAAUAUCUAACCUAGACUCUAAGACCUACAAAUGACUGUUAACCAAAUUAUGAACUUUCCAUUUCCAUCUCUGGGGAAAGUUCUGAAAGUUCUAAUUGUGCCAGGUGUCAUUAGGAAAUAAUGACUUCAACGUCAGGUCUCCCAUGAAUGCCUUAUUCAGUUCAGCUCAAUAGGAGAAAUUUGUUAAAUCUUUGACAUUUAUCAGGUUUUUAAAGUAGUUACAGAGUCUCUUUUGAGAAUGUGGCAUAGGAUAUUUUGAAGGCCAAUCAGUUUAAUAUAAUUACAAAUCAGGGCAUCACGCCAAAUGCCAGCCAAAAUCUCAGAGAAUUGGAACAUUCAGAAACAUGUGGAGGGAUAGAAAUGGCUGAGAGAAAAGAGAGGCAGCCAAAAGUAAACGCAGCCUAGGGCGGCUCCUGUUGGAUUCAUGUUCACAAUUGCUCUGAGUCCCUCAAGUCUGAAUAUUUUGAACAUAUGGCAAAAGCUAUCAUUUCUAUUAUAAAUUUAUAAUGCUAACAAUCAUUUUCUUAGUAACUCAUCUCAGUUUGGAGGACACUUCUCAGAGUAGACAACAGUUUCAAGGAAUAGGAUCCAUCAAUUCCUGCCUGAAAGAACUUGAGACAUUACAUAUUUAAUCAGAACUCUAUGUAAAUGAGUGCUCUUUUCUAUUUGUCUUUCAAGUGAGCAUGCCAGUAUAUAACCCAGGCUGUUCUUGAACUCACACUCUUCCUGCUUCAGUCUCUUGGAUGCUGGAUGACAGGUAUGCAAUUCCAAGCCCAGCUGAAAAUAUACUACUCAAUAUGUUCUGUGUUUUAGGAAAUCCUCUGUACCUACUUCCUCAAGGCAAGAAGUUUUACUGCCAUUUUUCCAGUAAAAACAGUGCAGCCCUGGGAAGCAAAGAUAUUAACAAAUUGGUGUAUUUGAGAGAAAAGCAAAAAUCUACCCUAGUCUAAGCUGAAAGCUAUCUAGAUUGCAUGCUUAGAAGGUAGCAAGGUUUGUGUGUGGUGUUGUGGGAGUGGAGAAAUGAAGUGAGUAGCAUCACUGAAGGCACUGUCUACAGAGACUGAGAAAUGCAGAGAUUAUCACUGAUGAGAAGGUUGGUGGUGUGGGUUCAUUUAGGGUAAUACAGCUGUGUCAGCACUUCACAAAAGUUCAAACUCUAGAUCUGGCCAUCACAGCUGUCUUAAUGCCAUUGAUUACUGUAACUCUUCUUAGCCAUGUUAUGGGGAUAAUUUAAAUGUCCUUUAUCUUGUGCUUUUAUCGUUUACACUUCAUAGAGAACCCUAACAACUAAGAAGGAGUUAUAGUGAAGUAUUUAGAAGAGUAUCAAGUAGAUACAAUACAUGGGGCCACAAGACUCAGACAUUAUUACUAACUACAUGUGCUAUGGGGUACGUGAGAGAAACAAUGAAUAUUUUGAGAUAUAUAAAAUGUAUUGAUAUAUAUUUACAUAUGUAGAUGUAAAUGGACAUCAGUAUAUUAUAAAUAGAAAACUUAUAUUUAAUUAAACAAAAUAUGAGUUUUAAAACAUAAAAGUAAAAUCACUGGUGUCUGGAGAGAUAGCUCAGUGGCCAAGAGCCCAUGAGACCCAGUUAAGUUCCCAGAGUCCACAUCAUGUGGUUAACACUUGUCUGUAAUUUCAACUCGAUGGCAUCUGACACCUGAAGUGGAAGCUUCUGGUUUCUUUAAAAAUACAAUUGUGUCAUGUGAUGUUUUCUGGAAGCUGUUUUGUGAUAAGCCAUGCGAUGUUUUUCUGAAAACAAACUCUUGAGAUGGAACAUGGUGUUUGGAAAGAAUAUAAAUGGAUCCCCACAAACAGUGAAAAGUGGCUCUUGUAUUGUGACACUGUGCCACCCUUUGCUGGUCUUUGCUGGCCAUGCAACACUGUGUUGGUCUUGUCUGGUCUUUGUUUGUCUUGACUUUGUAGAGCAAAAUAGGUAAAAGAAUGUCUCAUGGUAUUCCAGCUGAUUCUAGUCAUUUAUUCUGACUUGUGGCAAUUCAGCACAGCCUUGUAAUUUCUGCUGGAUUGUGCUACAACUACAGAUUUGUGUUUGAUGUAUGUUAUUAGACUGAACUACUAGUAUCUUGAAAACGAAAAGUGGAGUCACCCUAAAAAACUACUUCUAAGCAGGUCCACAACCCCCUUUUCCUAUUAACCUUCUUUCUCCUCUACCUCUGGUUCAGGGGCCUAGAAGGAAGAUUGAAUCAUUUAAGAACCCUAAAUGAAAUAGGCUUUGAAAAUCUGAGCCUACAGAUACUAUUACCUGGACUCCAUGGGCUCCUACCUUCAUAUGUGCACAGUCUCACACACAUACACAUAUAUGCAUGUAAUUGUAGAAGGAAAAUAAAUCGGUUUUUAAAAAUAAAACUGUUAGUUGUGAUUAUCAA